AUGAACCUCAGAUCCCCAACAUCUGAUCUUCAGUUGGAGAGCAAAGGCAGCCAUAUUACGGCUAGAAAUGGAAAUUGCUUUCUAGUCAGGCAUACCCCUCAUCCCAGAAGAGUCUGCCACAUCAAAGGUUUGAAUAACAUUCCAAUCUGUACUGUGAAUGAUGAUGAUAACACAUUCAAAACCCCGGGUCCUGGCCAGUGUAACCACUCAGAGAAGGACGAGAUACCAUUCACCAAAUACAGCUACUCACCCAGCACUGCGGCCCUGGAGAGCCCUGCCAGGGUAGUGUCACUAGCCUCAAACAGUGUCAAAAUGCCCCCACGGCCUCAUUCUGAGCCCAGUAGAAAAAUCAAAGAGUGCUUCAAAACUUCCAGUGAGAAUCCCUUAGUAAUACAAAAGGAAGAAAUUAAGGUCAAAAAGCCAUCAUCACCUCCAAAGGCAUGCUCUACUGCUGGGUCCUGUUCUUCAGAGGUGAUGACUACCAAGACUGAAGUCAAAGAGAACACUGUUUGCAUACCAAACUAUCUGGAUCAGGAAAUAAAAAUCCUGGCAAAGCUCUGCAGUAUUUUACAUACUGAUUCUCUGGCAGAAGUUCUACAGUGGCUGCUUCAUGCAAGUACAAAAGAGAAAGAGUGGGUCUCAGCUUUGAUUCAUUCUGAGCUGGCUGAGAUAAACUUGUUGACUCACUGCAGAAGAAAUAGCUCAGUAAAACCAGUGGCAGAGACUGGGAAGCCACCCACAGUUAAAUCACCACCCGCAGUUAAAUCAUCCCCAAAUUCACCUGCAAAAGCAAAAGUACUGACCGGAGUUUGGGAAGGACAUCAACUGACCAGAGUGUCAAGUCAAGGAUCUGAAGGAAAUAAGGAAGAACCAAAAGAGGCUGAGCAGAAGCCCCCAUUGUUUAUAAGAAGAAGUAAUACGAAAAUACCUGUUGCAGAAUAUUUUAGCCAACCAAAGUCUCUUCCCAGGCCUAACACUCAAGAGAGCAGAUUAGCAAAACCAGUGCCAGCAAGGAGUAUACAACAAGGAUAUGGUCAUUGUCCUGAAAGAGCAUUUUAUCCAUACCAAAGGUAG